AUGUCUGCGGCUGUUACUUCGACCGUUUCGACCAGUCUAACUAAUCAUACCGAUACUCGUAAUUCUACCCCAAUGGAUGCGAAAAAGGCGGGUCUAGACGAAGAUAACCUCACUGUCGCGUACUUCAUCAUCGUCAUUGCUAUUGUCGUUGUCGGUGUUGUCAUACUAACGCGCACAUUUGCUCCGGAUACAGACUCCCGGGCGACCUCUUCGGAUCUUAAAGAUACCAAGCCUGAUGUAGAUCCUCAAACCUCGUUGGCGCCGCCUCCGCGACCAGCCAUAACAAGCGCGACUGAUACCCCCGAUUACUUCAACUCCGUCCACAACCCUUUCUCUCUGGAACCCAAUCCCUUCGAGCAAUCUUUCGGCAGUGGUGGUUCCUCGGGCGAAACACCCGGAAAGUCGAUCCUUCCUCCUGUUGCAGCACUUACUUCUCCUGCCCUGCCGGGCACAAGCUCUGCCGGUGGCGGCUACGGCUGGUCCAACUCUCUGCGCUCCGGGCCGCUGAGUCCUGCUAUGCUCGCCGGCCCGACUGGCACGAGCGAUUAUUUUGACAGUAUUGGCAGGGGCUUCCCUACCCCUAACGAGUCUUCUCUCCGCACUGGAUUGACCCCGGGCGGAGGGGGGUCUAUGUUUCCUGCUCCUAGCCCCAACUCUCAGGCACUUCUGCAGCAGCUGCAGAGUGGUGGUGCGACACCGUCGACCAUUGAGUUCCACCGUACUGCCCUUAACGCUGCCAAGAAGAACAGCUUAGGUGGCCCAACCUCUAACCCCACUUCCGAACCUGAUCCAGCGACGCAAAACUCCAAUAUGGAUAUUAAGCCGAACCCGCCUGCCGGUUCCGACCCAUUUGGUCAUCAUGACGCUGCUGAUGCGGCUAACGGGCUUUUCAUGCUGGCCAAGGGCGGACAGGCGAACCCCAAUCAGUUCACUGUAUCGAACCAAGCAUCGAUUCAGCCACAAAGUAUUCAGGCCAAUGACCAGCAACUUGAUGCUGGCGCCGAUAGACGUAACUCGCAAAACAUGAAUGGUGUAUCAGGCAGAGAGACCAGCGGUGACGCCUCUGACAUGCAGGGUGAGCAGACGAAGCCCGCUGCCAAGGGCAAAGCCAAGAAGAACACUGGCACAAAAGCCAGCACCGCGGCAAACAACAGGCGCAAAGCAGAAGAUGCACCGAAGGGUUCAAACAAGAAGGCCAAAACGAGUAACGGGUCUGGUAGUGUUGAGCCUCCUUCCGAUGUUGGGGAUUCCGAAGACGAUGAAGAUGAUAUGAAGAGAAAGAACUCGACAGACACGAAGAAAAUGACUGAUGAAGAGAAGAGAAAGAACUUUCUCGAGAGGAACAGGGUUGCGGCGCUCAAGUGUCGCCAGCGAAAGAAGCAGUGGCUUGCCAACCUUCAAGCGAAGGUGGAAUUGUUCACCUCCGAGAAUGAUGCGCUUACUGCCACUGUCACGCAGCUCCGUGAGGAAAUCGUCAAUCUCAAGACUUUGUUGCUUGCGCAUAAGGACUGCCCAGUCUCCCAGGCCCAAGGUUUAGGCCCUCUCAUGAUGAAUGGCAUGUCGGCAGGAUUUGAUGCGCAUCCAUACAACAUCCCUAACGGUAUGGCAAUGCAACCUGGAGCACCUAUCCCUGCUCAGGGGCUACGACGGUAA